UGUAGUUGGAAGCAGAAGAGCGCAGUUUAUCUCAGUUGUUUUUUAACCCGAAGUCUGACUUCCGGUUAGCAAACAGCUAAAAAUAAACCCGUCAGACAGCUUCUACUGCCGGUAGAGACUCACCGGAGACCCGGAGACCGACUCCAGCACGGACUCUGUCUGUUGUUAUAGACCUGUAGAACAAAGUGAGAUAUUGUUGUGGAAUGCUGCAUUCAAGUGACAGAAAAGAGGCUCUGAAAUGUGAUGCGAAAGCGGAAUAACUCGGAGGACAGCGGGACCACCGGCACUCUGCUGGACAGCGACCCGGACCUGAAGCAGCGUCCCGGCAGGGGAGCAGCGGUGCCCGCAGCGGGCGGCCGGCAGGGCCCGGGAGAGGACCGGAGCAUGGGGAAACCCUUCAGGAGGUUGGGUCUGGUGGGGAAGCUGAAGAAGAUCAUGUUGUGGCUGCUGGUCGUCUACGUUUCCAUCCCCUUCAUCAUCAAACUCUGUCCGUCCAUCCAGGCCAAACUCGUCUUCCUCAACUUUGUGAGGCUGCCCUACUUCAUCGACCUGAAGAGACCUCUGGACCAGGGACUGAACCACACACACAACUUCUACCUGGAGCCGGACACCGGACUCAAGAUCGGAGUCUGGCACACAGUUCCUGCUCAGAUGUGGAGAGAAGCUCAGGGGAAACGAGGCGACUGGUACGACUCCAUGUUCAGCUCCACCCACUCUGCCAUCCUCUAUCUCCAUGGAAACGCAGGGACAAGAGGAGGAGACCAUCGAGUCCAACUGUAUAAGGUCCUCAGUUCGUUGGGCUACCACGUGAUCACGUUUGAUUACAGAGGGUGGGGGGAUUCAGACGGCUCUCCGUCAGAGGAGGAGAUGACGUCAGACGCUCUCUUCAUCUACGAUUGGCUGAAACGGCGGAUGGACGACAAAACACGGCUUUACAUCUGGGGACACUCUCUGGGGACGGGAGUUGCCACCAACCUCGUCAGAAGGCUGUGUGACAGAGGAAGUCCUCCUGACGCGCUGAUCUUAGAGUCUCCGUUCACCAACAUCAGAGAGGAGGCCAAGAGCCACCCCUUCUCCAUAGUGUACAGAUACCUGCCCGGCUUUGAUUGGUUCUUCCUGGACACCAUCACAGCCAACAACAUCCGCUUCGCCAGCGAUGAGAAUGUGAAUCAUAUCUCCUGUCCUGUGUUGAUCCUCCACGCUGAGGACGACAGUGUCGUUCCUUUCCAUCUCGGCAAAAAGCUUUACAACUUGGCGUCCCAGUCAAAGAGCCUCAGCGGUCACAAGGUUCAGUUUGUUCCUUUCCCCUCCUCUUUGGCCUACAAGCACAAGUUCAUCUACAGGAGCCCAGAGCUGCCAAACAUCCUCAGUGAUUUCCUCGGAACAGCUCACCAACAGACGGACGAUUCAGCCUGAAAACAGACUCUUAGUGGAGCGAACACAAACACACAUUACCGUUUGUUUUCUGAUCGGACUGAAUAUUCUCGCAUGAACUGAAUAACAAACACAUCAUUCCUUUUUAUUUCUGCGUUACCAUUCCUCUCACACCAACACUGGCUUCACAAGGUACAGUUUUUAAGGUUGUGCAGAGCGAGGAGGAGGACUCCGACAAUGAUCAUACCAAACUGUAGAACGAACAGAGACUUUUUAUUGUUUUAAUAUUUUGAUGAUCUUGAUUCUUCACAAUCUGUGUGAUUUAAAUUUUUGUUUGCUGUUUUGGGGUCCAUCUGCUCAUGUCUGACUCUUUUCGAGAUCCAGUUUGUUUUUAAUAAAUGUCUUCUCAGCUUGAAGGCCUGUUAUGACUUGAAUUAUGAAUUAAAUAUUUCUUGUUUUAUGUA